AUGCUGGAAAGAAACACAUUUCUUUUUGGUGCUGUCGACUUAGUGGAAAGUUCUGCCACAGAAACAGUAAAUCAACUCCAAAAUUUACAGAAGGCUCGUAUUCAAGUUGCAUACAAAAAGUUGUUUGAUAGCACGCAAAUUGAAACGUAUGUGCGCAUGGACCUUUAG